UCUAGCAAAAGUUAAGAAAGAAUAUUUGUCUCUCUGGUUAACAGCAAGAUAAUUAUAAUCGAAGGCGAUCGAUGGAGAAAUCUUCUGAGGGGAAUCAGAAUUCCAACCUACCUUCCGAGGAGAAAUCUUCGAAUAGCUCUGAAAAUGUACUACUUUCUCAACAAACCAAACAGCUUAGUACUACUUCUGAUCUUGCUCAAGAAGUAAAUGACGUAAAACAAAAGGAAGUAGACGGAGAAGCAAAAUCAGAUGGGAAAGAGGAAUCCCCACCACUUCCUUCGCCUCAACAACCAAAAGAACAGCCUGAGGGCAAAUCAUCGUUGGCCGAAAAUGUCUCACAGUCGGAAAAUAGCUCUGCUGCCACAGCCACAACCACAACCACUCCGCAGAAGAUUGAGUUACAGAAAAACUUGAUUAUCGAGCAGCCAAAAGAAAAUAAGGAUCCUGGAUCAGAACUCAAUGUGAAUGAGACAUUGGCAUCCAACGAGACUAAGAAAGAUAUCCUCCACAGUCCAUCACCAACGGACCAAAAGGAAAAUGAUGAUCUAGUGAUAAAUAAGAUCACAGCGAAUUCAUCACAAGUCAUAAGUGAUGAAAAUACGACGACAACUGUGAAGGCAAGUUCAAAAGUUAACCCUGGAGAAGGCCAGUUGCGUGUUUAUAUACCGGGCCAACAUUAUGUCAUCGUGGAAAUUGACGAUACUACCAAUGGGGGGGCCACGGUCCCACUUUUACCUUUGCGUGUGGAUAGUGCAUCAACAAUCGUUCACAAAGAGGAGGCAACUUGUAUACAGUGCAACGCGUUGGUAACAGAAGAGUGGGUAAGACAAGGGUUGGCAAUAUUGAAUAUCAAGUGUAAGUGUUCAGACACCUCUCUACUCCAUCUGAUUUGCAAGGAAGCAUGGCUUCAACUCAAAGGGGAUAAGUGUUCCCAUUGUGAUCAAAAGAUCAGAGUUAAGAGUGUGAAGCUGGGUUUCUCCUUUCCUCAAACCGAUAGUGAUAAUUCUCAUGCCCCAGAACUAGAAGUUUCUACAUGGAAAAGGUCUUGCUGCUGUUGGCAUGACUGAUGACGUGGAAUUAUUGAGUUAGAUUUCGAAUAUCUAUGUUUCAAGAUUUUUCCGAAAUUUCAUGAUUGAAGGGUAUGUUUGUCCUUUUAAAUAUUCCAUUGCCAAUUUUUAUAUAUUGAUCUUUGGUAAAAGUUUGGUACUCCAUUAAGUAUUGCCUAAUAUUGGUGUAUGAUUCGAUAUUUUCAAAA